CGACCUUGUUUUCCGCGCAGGCGCAGUAUCUUGCAGCUUUGUUAUUUCGUUUCAGUAUGGCGCUGAGUAAGACGUUUGGACAAAAACCGGUCAAAUUUCAGCUCGAGGAGGAUGGAGACUUUUACAUGAUUGGAUCGGAGGUGGGGAACUACCUCCGGAUGUUCAGAGGCUCCCUGUAUAAAAGGUACCCGUCACUAUGGAGGAAACUGGCUUCAGUAGAAGAGCGGAAGAAAAUCGUGGAGUCGUCACACGAUCACGGUUACACUCAGCUGGCCACCAGCGUGACGCUGCUGAAGGCCUCGGAGGUGGAAGAGAUCCUCGAGGGAAACGAUGAGAAGUACAAAGCUGUUUCUAUCAGCACCGAGCCCCCCGCCUACCUCAGGGAACAGAAGGCAAAGAGGAACAGUCAGUGGGUUCCUACGUUACCCAACAGUUCCCACCACCUGGACGCGGUGCCCUGCUCCACCACCAUCAACCGCAGCCGACUGGGCCGAGACAAAAAGAGGACCUUCCCCCUGUGCUUUGACGACCACGACCCGGCUGUGAUUCAUGAAAAUGCCACUCAGACCGAAGUUCUGGUUCCGAUCCGUCUGGACAUGGAGAUCGAGGGUCAGAAGCUCAGAGACGCUUUCACCUGGAACAUGAACGAGAAGCUCAUGACGCCGGAGAUGUUCGCUGAGAUCCUGUGUGACGAUCUGGACCUGAACCCGCUGGCCUUCGUCCCCGCCAUCGCCUCCGCCAUCCGGCAGCAGAUCGAGUCGUACCCGACAGACAGCAUCCUGGAGGACCAGACGGACCAGAGGGUGAUCAUCAAGCUCAACAUCCAUGUGGGGAACAUCUCUCUGGUGGACCAGUUUGAGUGGGACAUGUCGGAGAGGGAGAACUCUCCAGAGAAGUUUGCCCUGAAGCUUUGCUCUGAGCUCGGCCUGGGCGGAGAGUUCGUCACCACCAUCGCCUACAGCAUCCGCGGUCAGCUGAGCUGGCACCAGAGGACGUACGCCUUCAGUGAGAACCCGCUGCCCACGGUGGAGAUCGCCAUCAGAAACACAGGCGACGCCGACCAGUGGUGCCCCCUGCUGGAGACCCUGACCGACGCAGAGAUGGAGAAGAAGAUCAGAGACCAGGACAGGAACACGAGGCGAAUGAGACGACUGGCGAACACGGCGCCGGCGUGGUAGGCGACCUGUCGGCUGCAGCGCCCCCUGCAGGAAGCGUGAGGAUGCUGUCCCCGCUGGCGGCUUCGGCAGCAGACGCUCCACCGGCAUCUCCGCUCAGCCCGCCGCUCGCCAUCUUCUGGUUUUUUAUUCUUUCUGAUGUUCUGUUUGUUGAAGGUCCCAUUAGAGAAAAAAAGCCUCCUUCGUGUUUCCCGUUCGACCCUCAGCGUGGACGUUGCUCUGACCACUGACUCUUUCCCAACCACAGAGGGAGAAAACACACCGGUCGCAGAUAAUAUAUUACGUUGUAUUUGUUGUCUUUUUGUACAUUUUAUUAAUUCUUACAAAAUAAAAAAAUGGAAAAAAAAGUUGA